CUGCUCUACCAAGAAGAAGGCUACCUUGAAUUAACCCGAAAAACAUUUGAUGUAAACUAAAGGUUGAUAAAAUGUCGGUUCAAUGCAGAACGUGUGCAGCGAAGAUUUUUAAUCCUAAUGCCAAAAAUCUCUUCGAGCAAGACGACAAUGAGAUAUUGCUUAAUAUCGAAACUCUAACUGGAAUCCGGUUGAAUGAGGACCAGCAUAUGCCUAAGCACAUUUGCACCUGUUGCCAUUUGGACCUGUACCAUUCGAUAGCGUUUCGAGAGCGCUGCCUAAAAACGGAACAUUAUUUGCAGAAUGCAAAUCAAAAGGCGACGAAGUUAGACCCGCUAAAUACAGCACAUACAGAAGUUGGUUCAACAAGUGAAACAUCAAGUCAACCGUUUAGUGCAAUAAAAAUAGAUCAUACAGAUAAUCACAUACUGAAAACACCAGAUGCAGAAAUAUUAGGUCGACACCCUCCGCAACAUCGCAUUCUUCGCGCUCGUAAACCAAAUAGUAAUACUAGAACAGAAAAGCGUAUAAAGAAGCGCAGAAAAUAUUCCUAUGUUCGGAAUUUUGCUAAAACAUCGCCUGUUACCAUAGCACAGCCUGAUCCAAACCCUGAACAUCGUCAAGAAGCUGAAAGCUUAAAAACUUCACCACGCUGCAGUCUUAGCGAUUGUGAACAGAGUCCUAGUAUAUUAAAGGAAGAGUCAAAUGAAUUGAAUGCCUUUGACCAAAAUGAAGAGUUCCAGGAAGCAGAGCUUGAAAAGUUGUAUCCUGCACGCAGUUCAGCUAAGGUGUCCUCUGUUGCCGUGUCCUUGCCGGCAGAGGAUAAUAGCAUUACGAUCAAUGCACAAAGCAAGAAGGAUAAGCCAAAUUUGAAGCCACCUGGGGAUCCCAAGGUCUAUAUCUGUGACCUUUGCGGUCAUCAGUCCACAAGUCCAAAAAACUUGGAUAUUCACAUACUGCGUCAUAAAGGUGAAAAGAAUUUCGAAUGUGAGGAAUGUGGCGCAAAGCACUACUCCAAAUACCUACUACAAUUGCAUAUUCGCGUGAAACACCAAGGCGAGAUGCCAUUUGUAUGCAGAUAUUGUGACCAGCGGUUCUAUUCAGGCAGCACGCGUACACGCCAUGAACAAGUACGGCAUAUAAGAAGUUGGUCGUAUGAGUGCAAGAUUUGUGGCAAAAAAUACAACACAAAAUCGUGUUUGAAUAAACACGAAUUCCUGCACUCAGGCUUGCGACCAUAUCGUUGCGAAUUGUGCAAUGUGGCGUUUCCACGAAAACCAGGUUUAAGGAUUCAUUGCCGCACAAAACAGCAUCAAAAGAGGGCUAGCGAAGCGUUAAACAGUCAACUUGAUGGCAUAAAAGAUAUAGCGGUUCCUGAGGGAACUAUUGUGUUUCCAGACUCAAUAAUAGUCGAACUUGAUGUAUAAAUGUAUAUUGUUAUAG